UGACGUCAGAGCAGGAAGUGUUUGAGGAAGUCGUGCUCUGCUGCUCAGUUUAGGAUUCCCGUAUUUUAAUGUCUUCAGGGUGGUGUCAGCGCCCCAGGUUUUGCCGCCCCAGCCCCCAUCUCCCCCGCCCCGGGGAGCCUCUCCCUGCCCCGCGUCCCCGCCGACAGAGUUAGCCUAACAUCAGUAUGAGCUGGUCACCUUCCCUGCCAACUCAGACAUGUGGGGCCUGGGAAAUGAAGGAACGGCUUGGGACAGGGGGAUUUGGAAACGUCAUCCGGUGGCACAAUCAGGAAACAGGCGAGCAGAUUGCUAUCAAGCAGUGCCGGCAGGAGCUUAGCCCCCGGAACCGGGAGCGGUGGUGCCUGGAAAUCCAGAUCAUGAGAAGACUGACCCACCCGAACGUGGUGGCCGCCCGGGAUGUCCCCGAGGGCAUGCAGAACUUAGCCCCCAAUGACUUGCCCCUGCUGGCCAUGGAGUACUGCCAAGGAGGAGAUCUCCGGAAGUACCUGAACCAGUUUGAGAAUUGCUGUGGCCUGCGGGAAGGAGCCAUCCUCACCUUGCUGAGUGACAUUGCCUCUGCACUUAGAUACCUCCAUGAAAACAGGAUCAUCCACCGCGAUCUAAAGCCAGAAAACAUCGUCCUGCAGCAAGGAGAACAGAGGUUAAUACACAAAAUCAUUGACCUUGGAUAUGCUAAAGAGCUGGAUCAGGGCAGUCUUUGUACUUCCUUUGUUGGGACCCUGCAGUAUCUGGCCCCAGAGCUGCUGGAGCAGCAGAAGUACACGGUGACGGUGGACUAUUGGAGCUUCGGCACCCUGGCUUUUGAGUGCAUUACGGGCUUCCGGCCUUUCCUCCCCAACUGGCAGCCUGUGCAAUGGCAUUCCAGAGUCCGGCAGAAGAGUGAGAUGGACAUAGUUGUCAGUGAAGACUUGAGUGGAGCAGUCAAGUUUUCCAGCUCUUUACCCUACCCCAAUAAUCUUAAUAGUGAACUGGCCCAGCGACUAGAGAAGUGGCUGCAGUUGAUGUUAAUGUGGCACCCCCGACAGAGAGGCACAGAUCCAGUGUAUGGGCCCAAUGGCUGCUUCAAGGCCCUGGACGACAUCUUAAACUUGAAGCUGGUUCAUAUCUUGAACAUGGUCACAGGCACCAUUCAUACUUACCCAGUGACAGAAGAUGAGAGUCUGCAGAGCUUGAAGGCUAGAAUCCAGCAGGACACAGGGAUCCCCGAAGAGGACCAGGAGCUGCUGCAGGAAGCGGGUCUGGCAUUGAUCCCUGACAAGCCUGCAACACAGUGCAUUUCAGACUGCAAGCUCAAUGAGGGCCGCACACUGGACAUGGACCUUGUUUUCCUGUUUGACAACAGUAAACUCACCUAUGAGACGCAGAUCUCCCCUCGGCCUCAACCUGAAAGUGUCAGCUGUAUCCUUCAAGAGCCCAAACGGAAUCUCUCUUUCUUCCACCUGAGGAAAGUCUGGGGCCAGGUCUGGCACAGCAUCCAAACCCUGAAGGAAGAUUGCAACCGCUUGCAGCAGGGACAGCGAGCUGCCAUGAUGAACCUCCUCAGGAAUAACAGCUGCCUCUCUAAGAUGAAGAAUUCCAUGGCUUCCAUGUCACAGCAGCUCAAGGCCAAGUUAGAUUUCUUUAAAACCAGCGUCCAGAUUGACCUGGAAAAGUAUAGUGAGCAAACCGAGUUUGGAAUCACAUCAGAUAAAUUGCUGCUGGCCUGGAGGGAAAUGGAACAGGCCGUGGAGCUCUGCGGGCGGGAAAGUGAAGUAAAGCUUCUAGUGGAACGGAUGAUGGCCCUGCAGACAGACAUUGUGGACUUACAGAGGAGCCCGAUGGGUCGGAAGCAGGGCGGCACGCUGGAUGACCUAGAAGAACAAGCAAGGGAGCUUUACAGGAGACUAAGGGAAAAGCCACGAGACCAACGAACUGAUGGGGACAGUCAGGAAAUGGUACGACUGCUGCUUCAGGCCAUCCAAAGCUUCGAGAAGAAAGUGCGGGUGAUUUAUACUCAGCUCAGUAAAACUGUAGUUUGCAAGCAAAAGGCUCUGGAAUUACUGCCUAAGGUGGAAGAGGUGGUCAGUUUAAUGAAUGAGGAUGAAAAGACUGUGGUCCGGCUUCAGGAGAAACGACAAAAGGAACUCUGGAAUCUCCUGAAGAUUGCUUGCAGCAAGGUACGUGGUCCUGUCAGUGGAAGCCCAGAUAGCAUGAAUGCUUCCCGCCUUAGCCAGCCUGACCAAUUGAUGUCUCAGCCCUCCACUGCCCCAGACAGCUUAGCCGAAUCAGCCAAGAAAAGUGAAGAACUGGUGGCUGAAGCACAUGCUCUCUGCACGCGGCUGGAAAGUGCAAUGCAAGAUACCAUGAAGGGACAGGACCAGAGUUUAAUGACUCUAGACUGGAGUUGGUUACAGACAGAGGAAGAAGAACAGAACAGCCUGGAGAGGGCCUCGUGA